UUUAAGGUGAUAAAGUUGUAUUUUUUUUCCUCUUCCUUUUCUUUUUCAAAUGAUCAUAUAACUAUUUUUUUGGUCUAAAGGAGUCAAAAAUCUUCAAUAGUUUUGGAAGGAGACAUUAAAGCCGUAUUUCCACUAAGCUGUACAGUUAUAUGUUCAGUUUGCCAUCGUUUGUCGAGAGUUACGUUGUGAAUGGUACUAAAAUGACUGAUCCAUACUGUCCCACGUUUUGUCCCCCUUCUGCUGGGGCUCCUGUGAGACACAGUGCUGUCCCAGUCUGUGGAAUGUCAGACUGAUGUCAAACACACAAAACCUUCCAUUUUUAACGUGGGCCGUGCGUUACGACAGCGUGAGGCUCCCGCGUGGUUUGUGUUGUCGUGUCACCGUGCAGCGGUAACUCGUGGAGAUGUGUCCCAUUCCUCUUUGUUUCAUUUAGUCACGUGCUGGACUGUGUUUUGCCGGUAUGAUGUCACACUGUGUACAGUAUGUACGUGGAUGGCGAGGCUGUUGUCAUCCCACUUACUCGCCCCACUGAACGUGACUGCACUGCACCGCUUGGUGGAAAGGCAGCUUAUCAAUGCUGAGGUGUGUUUUGGUUUGAUCCUGUGUUUGUACUUCACUGUCGAGGCUGAGUGGAAUGGUGAAGUGCACUAAAAAUCCAAUAUUCGAUCCAAUAGACUCUCACAGCAGACCGGAUUUCAAUCCCAUAAGUCUCCACGCUUACACAUUUGUUUGCCAUCGUCAUUCGCUACAAAUUCCACGUUUUGUCGUUGUUACCAGCAAAUUCCAUUCAAGCACAUCAAUCAGUGAUUCUUUCCAUUUUCCUUUCCUUGCUGUCACUGCACAACCUGUGGCACCGAGGUGAACUGAGAGUUCUUAGAUGCUACUAUACUGACGAUUUAACGAAUUGAGCACCUCAUUUGCCGUAUCGAUUGGCAUCUGUCUUGCCAUCGCAGAGCCAGAAAGACAACAGUGCCACUCAUGCAACAACAGUACUAAAGGAAUAGCCGUGGUUCAGACACACACACACACACACACACACACACAACCUUCUAAUGAAUGACCACUGAUCAAACCCAUAGCAACUGCUCUUCUUCAAGUGUGUCUUCUACUGGUGUAGUUUCUGUUCAGCAAGAAUUCUACUGUAUGUUGAUUUAUUUUAUUUCUUUCUUUUUUUUUAAUGUUUUGAUCUCUUUAGAGAGACUUUUAGUGAACUUUAUACAUGAGAUAAAUAUACUGUAAGUAUAUGUUAUGUGUAUCUGCAGUGUGCACACCACACACACUGACAAACGAAUCCGGCCUGCGCUGCGCGCGGGUUUUGAUUUGCCGAUGACUUUGCCUCAUAUAGAAUGACGAUAAAAGUGGCUUCCUGGUACAUGUGAAGUAAAGACUGGAAGUAUGAAUAAAAAAAAAACAUUGAACAGAAAGUGUUUGCUUUUGAGACUCGACAUUUUGCUUGUUCCACUUUUAGGAUGAAAGAGGGCAUUUGGAUUUGAAUAAAUCCCACUUAUUUCCUCUUCACUGUCAUAGAGAGGGGCUUUUCAUGUUUUCUUUACAGUGAGUAUGUUUGUGCUUUACAGUAGAGUAAUACAGAGGAAGCUUGUAUGAGAUGAAAUAUUAAUCUGGUACUGCACUUUAACAAAGUCUAAUGAAAAGGUAAUAAAACAUUGAUGUUGCAUAUUGUUACUUUGGUAUAGGAGCUAUAGCCGGUGUAGUGCCGAAAAGAGACUGCUUGCCGAAAAAGGACUGCCCCCGACGGGAACGUGCAUCAGUUCAGAGGAAGUAAGCUUAGGUCUACUCUAGAUAUAAUAUACGGGUCAGCUGGCAGGUGCAGCACCGAGAGAAAUGUUUUUUUUGUCCUGUAGCCUGUGAAGAAAGAAAGAAGACAAUGUUUUAAUGUCAUAUUAGAUAGCAAUCAUAUAACACAUAAUGAGAAAUCAGUAAGUGCUAUCAGAGGUGGGUAAUAACUAGUUACAUUUAUUUAAGUAACUUUUUGGAUAACUUGUACUUUUAAGAGUAUAAUUAUGAAUACAAUAAUGCACUGUGUAUAUAGAACUGUUAACUGUAACGGAUUGCCUUUACAUUCUGCAUAACAUUCUCUGUGUUUGCCAGGCACAUGUACAGUGAACUUUGCUUUCGGCAGGGCCUGCCCGAAAAGUGACUGCACCCUAUAAGUCUUUAUUGCAAGGAGUGAUAUUGACCAAAUUCACUGUACAUGCACCUGGUUUCCUCUACUGUUCAUGCUGAGAAGACAGAGCAUGUAACCCCUACCAAUCCAGAGUUAUAAGGUACAUUAUUAUAUCUUGAUUAUUACUUAGUUAUUUACUUACAUUCCUGGACAGAAAACGUCAGAAAUAGGUUUUAGUGGUUGAAUGUUAUGGUCAGAGCAGUCUAGUGAGCCAGCUCACAUUCGGGUGAAUUUAGUGAAUUUAGUUAUUUGCCAAAUAAAUAAUAAUGAAAAUGUUUUGUUAGGUGGUCAAAUAAAUAAUGCAUCAACAACAGUUGUAAGAUAAAAGUGCUACUAAUCAGAAUUUAAACAAUAAAUAUAUAUUAAAUAAAAAAAACAUUCUAAAAUAAUUGUAUUUAAUAGUAUAAUGUUGCACUAUACAUAGCUUCCUCAUGUUAUUCCUGUCUAAUAUCUGCAUCCAUUUCACAUGUUUUGCUUUUUCUCCACAGGUUCAAUGUGAUUCAUGUAGAACAUCCUUCGCCAUGCUCCUACAUGGUGUCUUUAAAUCCUUCGUGGUAAUAAAACGCCAUUAUUUUCGCCACUGCCACAGACAUAAACCUUGCCCCGAAGUUCUCCAUUAGUCGCAGGCCAAGAUUGGAAGAGGAUGGGUGAGGUCGACGCGUCACUGCCAUGAAUCAAGGGGGAUGGGACAGCGUUACACUGUUGGCCUCUCGCAUCCAAUCAAGGCUGAGUCUGAGUGUGCACAGUGGAUGUGGAUGUGGAUGUGCCUGGGCGCAGAGGGCGGAGCUCUGCCGCUGCGUUUGACAGCUGCGAAACAGAAAAUGAAUAGCGCAUAAAACGCUCUGGGAAAGCAUGCCGCUCCAAGGCAACCACACCAUCACAGGGAAUGAGAUGCAGCAUGGCCCUGUGUAGCGCGAGAGUGCCCUCGUAAAUCUGGGCCACUUGGACAACUUCAGAAAACAGAAAAUAUAAUAAGCUUUUAUUAUUGCAGCAGGUAUUCCUGGAACUCGUGGAGGGCAUGCACCGCGCGUUCUCCUUCCCGCUGACUGUGGAGCGCAGUCGGACCAAGGAGCGUCUGGAGGCGAGUCUGGCCGGACUGUGUGAGCUGGAGCUCCGCAAGCAGAGGCAGGAGUGUCUUGUGCUGGGAGCGCUGUCUCUGGGGGAGCCGCUGUCCCAGCACAGAUCCACGGGAGAGCUGGCGUGUUUCAGCAGCUGGGGACAGGAAAACUUGACACUCAGGCGCCAACUGAGUGCUCUUCAGAGUUCCCCAUGGGGCCUGAUGCAGGCACUGGAACAGCAGGUGGGAGAGCUGAGGAUCGACACAGACGACGGAUGUUAUGAUGGAGCUCAAGGAGACACGGGCGACAGCCGGCCGAGCUCUGGUUUCUAUGAGUCAAGUGAGGGUCAGUCACCAAGAGGAAGAUCUUUCUCCACUGAGCCCGCAGAGACCGCCUCCUCCUGGAGUUACACCAAUGACAGGCCAAAGUCUGUGGGAGACCCUGUCAUGUUGAAUGGAGAGGUGGAUAUGCCAGUGGUGCACACCACUCUACCCCGUUCUUUCUCUGCCCCUUACCCACCUCUGGAGGGCAUCGCUGAGGAGGGCUCAACAGUGGACUCCUGGCAGCUGGACUCCACCACAUACAACCAAACCUGGCAGCCCAUGGAGGACCAGGUCACUGAGGAGGACUACCAGCAGGCUUUAAGAGUUGAGAACUACAUCCUGAGUCUCAUCCAGCGCCACACACUCUCACCGAGACCGUGUCAGCCUCGCACCACCCUGAGCCCUGACCUCCCAUAUUGCAGUACCUCUGGACACAACUCACUACACAGGAGAACCCCUUCUCUUACGACAGAGCAGCGCCUUCCUGACCUCCAGCUACACCGCCAUAUUGACCUUUCGGCAGACCCUAAGAGCCAGAGCUGGGGUUGUGACCAGCGAGAGGGGGAGGCCUGUGGAGGAGAGGCCCCAUCUUUGGAGGAGGACUGUUAUCUGGCUCUGCCCUACCCCCAGUCCAGGCCAAACUCCCUGGCUGGGAGGCUACCAUCACCUCUGCCCUCCCUGGACCCCAAAUGUGGUGUUGGGGCUCUUGACCUUUGUUGUGAACCCGCAUCCCCCCAGCAUUAUCUACAUCCUCAACCCCCUAUUCAUCACAAGCACAAUUUAGUAAGUGCUCAGUUUAUCCCUGGACAAGCCAGCCAUGCUCCUGUCCGCUCACCCAGACACUACAACCUAGAGCAGCCUAAACCCAGGCGAGCGGUUGUGUCUCCUGACCACCCCACCUCCAAGUCUAGAACCUCCAAAAAGAGCCACAACGAGCGACAGAAAUCCAAGAAAUCAAACAGUAAAACCAAUCGAUCCCAGUCAGAAAACAGUCUCCUGAGCCAGCGAGUGCUGCCUGAGCGCAGAUACAGCACCACAGAGAGGCACCAAGACAGAGAACAGAACCAAGGCCAGGUCGCCAGACCACAGGUUGGCAGCAACAGCCACAGUGUGUGUCAACGCUGGUGCUCCAACCUGGAGCUCAGCCAGGAUGAAGGGGAGCCCCGUGCAGUGCAGGCACAUAGGCGACCAACUCGAAAAGCUCACCAUGUUCACUCAAAUCUCCAUUCCCAAACACAGGACCACCAUCAGCAGCAGCAGCCAACUGAACGCUGGCACUCUGACGUUCAGGAGAGAGCACCUCUCUGUCAGGGAGAGGAGGGCUACGCCGGUCCCGCCCCCAUCGAGUCCGAGUCCAGCAUGAGUGAGGUGUAUUCCCCAGCCUCCAGCUCACUGUCCAGUGACUCAGAUGAGAGUGGGGGGCUGGUAUGGCCACAGCAGCUGCCACCUCGCUUUGUUUCGACCUCCUCCUCAUCCUCGCCUUCACCGCAGGCCACGGCCAACGCCCCAACUCAACCAAAAGCCUUUGUCAAGAUCAAGGCCUCUCAUGCUCUCAAGAAGAAGAUCCUCAGAUUCCGCUCAGGGUCCCUCAAAGUCAUGACCACUGUAUGAGGACAAGCCCAUAACCUUCACCACGGAGCUGAGCCAUUUUCACAGCAACGUUGUGGCUGUUACUUUCGGUCGCUAUCAAAAUAGAGUCUACUUUCUACCUACCUCCAUUCUUUGUGUCGUGAGAGACAUGAUUAAAGUCCUGCUGUCUGCAGGGAUGUCAUUUCUCUUGUAUACAACAGCCAUCAUUAUUAUUAAUCUGCAUUAUUAGACUAAUGCAGAUUAUCCUGCUUUAAUUAACUGAUAUGAUGCCCAGGUACGUCACACUGACACUUAAUAUGUUGCCAUGUUUUUUUUUCUUUUUUUCAUAUCGGUUUUUUUCAUACAACUCUAGAUUUCUGGUUGAUUCAUUCGGACAGCGGAGAGUUGGCCACACACAGACCUUACAUCAGCUCACUUGACUGACGAAUUCAUUGUUCAAAGUUUCAAUUCUUGCUAAACACCACUCACUCGCUCAUUGUCAACCGCCUUACACUGCACAUGAUGGUCGCCUGGAGCCAAUCCCGGGAAAGGAUGGGUUCACCUUGGACCAGGGCCAACGUAUAGAGAUGCACAGCCAUUCCCUCUCACACUCACACCUACAGUCAGAGAACCUGGAGAAAGCCCACAUGCACACAGGGAGAACAUGCAAACUCCACACAGAACGGCUGGGAUUCGAUCCGGUGAUCGGUGACCUUCUUGCUGUGCGGCAACAAUGCUAGCCACUACUACACAAUGUAAAUAUGUAUGUUUUUUUUGUAUAUGCCGUCAUGUGGCCUUGUUUGGAAUGAAUGUAGUUUUUAAAUAAAGGCAAUGUCACUCUUAAUUUUAGAACA